AUGCUGCCGAGGACCGAACCGGAGCGACAGCUGGUCAACGAUGGCGAUCCAUAUGUCACGUUCACGAGGGAGACUCGGCUUACCCUUGAAUGUCAAGAACUCGCCACGGCGGCGGAUCGGUACACUGCCGUUUCUUCAGGCGCAAUGCAAACGCACAUAGCUCAGGAGAGCUGGCACAGCGGACUCCCUUGCUUUGCAUCUGCUCGAGCCGAGUCUGAUACCGACGCUGCGCCUGCCUGUCUACACAUUGACAGUACUUCGAACGCAGCCAUGGCGAGGCGGAGGAUAUGUACUGCAAAUGCAAAUUCAAUGCAGUGGAUCACCUAG